GAAUUUCCCUUGUACUUUAAGUGUGGAAAUGCUGCCCCUUCAUCUACUUCCAAGCCAAGCCAAUGCCCCCUUUCAGAAAACUAAUCUGCUAUCAUUAAUUUAAAGUGCAUGGCUUCACUUCAUUUUAUGCAAACCAGUCAUCUUGGGAGCAGUUAAGACUGAAAAAAACAAUGGACAAAUUAUUUAUUUUGUUACUUAAUUUGUUGAUAGUAGUUCAUGCAGCAGCAAACAAGAUUGAGUAUGGGAAGUUUAGCAUUCUUGAAGAGUUCGAGAGUUUGCACUUUGAAGAGGAAAUUGAAGUGGAAGAUGCAAAUAUUCCAUCAUGGUCAAGCCGUGAUGGCAAGGUCCUGGUGAAUGUGGAUAGCUUCGGAGCAGCUGGAGAUGGAAUAUCUGAUGAUACUCAGGCCUUCCUAAAGGCAUGGGAUACAGCCUGCGCAACACCAAAAGCUGUUUUCUUGGUGCCCCCAGGACGCCGUUAUCUAGUCAAUGCCACGCGAUUCAAAGGACCAUGUUCAGAUAAGUUAGUCAUCCAGAUAGACGGGACAAUAGUUGCACCUGACGAGCCCAGUAAUUGGGAUCCAAAGUCUGCACGACUUUGGCUCGAUUUUUAUAAGCUAAAUGGAGUUCUUUUCCAAGGAAAUGGCAUCAUUGAUGGAUCAGGCAGUAAAUGGUGGGCUGCAUCUUGCAAAAAGAACAAAGCAAAUCCUUGCCGAGGGGCACCAACGGCACUGACAAUUGAUUCUAGCUCAUCCAUAAAGGUGAAGGGACUCACAAUUCAGAACAGCCAACAGAUGCAUUUUGUGAUUUCCCGCUCUGAUUCAGUUCGGGUAUCUGAAGUGCUAGUCUCGGCUCCAGGAGAUAGUCCAAACACUGAUGGAAUCCAUAUCACUGAAUCCACUAAUGUUGUCCUCCAAGAUUGCAAAAUAGGAACAGGAGAUGAUUGCGUCUCCAUUGUCAAUGCCAGCUCCAACAUUAAAAUGAAGAGAAUAUUCUGUGGACCAGGACAUGGAAUAAGCAUUGGAAGCCUUGGGAAGGACAACUCAACCGGCAUUGUCUCAAAAGUGGUCCUAGACACAGCAUUCCUUAGAGAGACCACCAAUGGACUGAGAAUAAAAACUUGGCAGGGUGGAUCUGGUUAUGUCCGUGCAGUAAGGUUCGAUAAUGUGAGGAUGGAAGAUGUUGCGAAUCCAAUCAUUAUCGACCAAUUCUACUGUGAUUCACCAACUGUGUGUCAAAAUCAGACGUCAGCUGUGAAAAUAAGCCAGAUAAUGUACCGGAACAUCACUGGGACCACGAAGAGCGAGAAGGCCAUGAAAUUCGCUUGCAGCGACACCGUUCCAUGCAGCAACAUCGUCCUCAGCAAUAUAAACCUGGAAAGCGAGGAUGGGACUGUGGAGACAUACUGCAACUCCGCUGAAGGGUUUGGCUACGGCAUUGUGCAUCCCUCGGCUGACUGCCUCAGUUCACAAGAUAAGGACUUAAUUUCAAUCGGCUGGGCUCAGGAAGCUGCGACUUUCCGACCUAUCGGGGAGGAUAUUGUUCACACCGAGCUCUGACCUUUCUUCAAGCUAGUCUUUUGAAAGACAAAAAAAUGUCUUAUAUAGUUACGUCAAUACUAAAAAUUGGUAGUAGAGUGGUAGUAUUAAUUACUGAGGGCUGUUAGAGAAGGAUUGAGGUGCCCAAGUAAAUUUUCAAGGGAAAGGGAGGGUAAAUAUAGUCGAUGCUUAAACUGCAGUACAAUUUAUUCAAGAAGAUAUCCAAUUUAUGAUUGGGUAAUACAUAUGCAAUAAGAUGGAAAAAUAUUCUUAUGAAUGAGAUAUUACACAAUCUUACUACUACUAA